AUGUGGAUCCUAACACUGGCAAGCAUACUGACCUGCGUUGAGAACAUAAAGAGCAAUGCUUUACCCUGUUUUUGCUCGUGCCUUUCAGCCGCUCAACGACAAGAACGAAACCGACCUGAGAAACUUGAGCGAAAGGCUCGCAGAAGACAUAAGGAUCCACGCGGGUCCGUCUGGAUCGAACUUCCCUGCAAAAUGGCAAAGCCCCCUAUUCCACCACCUUACUUACGAACUAAACUAAUUCCUCACGCUCAGCAAGUUUGUCGCCUGUAUAAAGCAGCUCUAUACGACUUGAAGGCCAGACACGGCAACGUGCUUGAUUUUCGUUACAAGGCUGUGUUAUUGCGUGCAAGAUUCGAAGAGAAUCGGAAUAUUAAGGAUGAAAUUUUGGCCAAGCGGAUUUUAGAGGAGGGAUGGAAAGAAUAUAAUGCCACCCGAUUCGCUUUUACCUUUAAAUACCCUUAUGCUCCGGGUGGUGUGGCGUACGAGACCUCGACUCAUAGGCAUGAUAUUCAACUGGAUUUCUGGCAUCCAUUGGAAAAGCUGCAGUAUCCAGACUAUUUUGCAAAGCGAGAAAAGCGGAAGCAAGAAUUUGUCGAGCGAUGGGUCAAACGUUACGGUCCACAUCAAGAAGAGCCGAGCGCGAACUUACUGACCGGAAGGUCCGUGCUUCGAAUCCGACCUCUGCCUCUCGACUUCCCCUGCCUAGGCUUAGGUAACCUGGCAGUGUCUCAGCCCCCGUGCUUUCUUCUGGCGGCUUGGCGGUUAGGCACCGAAAGGGUGCUACAGCUGAACGAUUUUUUCAUCUCAAUGUGGCAAGCAGUGUUUCUCGUGCCACCGUAUGCUCCGACAACCGGCAGCUCUGGGACCGAGAAGAACACCUCUGUUGCUUCGGUCUGCAAGUACGGGUGUUCUCUGACGCCCCUUCUCCUUAAUUUCGUUAUCGAUGUGCUCCUUGAAUCUUUAUCUGCAACUAACACCUCGGGAGUCGAAGUUCUCCCGUUGCGUCCUCUGGCGAACAUAGAGUACGGCGAAAACGCUGCUCUUCUGGAAUUGGACCCUUAA